AUGUCGUCGCCGCCUUCUCGGUGCUUGGCAAAAACUGCUUUUGCCGCGAGUCGUCGUCGCGUUCCUGCCGCUGCUGCUGAUGGUUUCUCAUCUUCUUUUUCUAAAAGUCGUCGUCACCAUCAUCAUCAUAAUCAUCAUCAUCAUCGAGGAAAGACGAAUAAUAAUACCGUUAUUCUGAUGAUGAAAGCGAACGGCGGCUCUUCUUCUUCGUUCUUUUUUUCUUCCAACGCCAAGCCUGCGGCGACGACGACGACGACGGUCGGAGAAGAUGAUGAUGAAGAAGAACAUCGAGAAAACGAAGAGACGAAAGAGAAGAAACCAAAACCACCACACUUUGACGGAAGAAACUUUCGCAAGAAACGAGAAGAAGUGGACGACUAUAAACUCGUCACCGAGGAAGAGAAAACACGUUUGAGAGAAAAAGUGAUCAAUCACUUAUGGCUCGCCCCGCUGACGAAAGGAGGCAACUUACCGUUUCGACGACUGUGCGCGACGUUCGAGGCAAAAGUCCUCGUGUCGGAGAUGUCCUACGCGAGAUUCUUAAAUCGAGGGAACCCGGUGGAGAAAACGCACUUACGGCGACACGACUCGGAGGAGAUUUUUGGUGCUCAAAUCGCGACGAAUAUCAUCGAAGAAGGCGUUCGGUCGGCGAGGAUGGCGUAUGAAUUCAACGCGGAUUUCGUGGAUUUAAAUUGCGGGUGUCCAACUCACGAAGUCACGAAGAGAGGUUUAGGUGCGCGAUUGUUGAGGAAACCGGCAAAGCUGGCGAAGUUGGUCGAAGGUUUAGCAAACGGGUCGCCUUUACCGUUAUCGGUGAAAAUUAGACUCGGCGUAGAAGACGAUAAACCGGCUUUGAAGUUAGCGGAGGAGAUUGAAAACGCGGGUGCGAGCGUAUUAAUCGUUCACGGACGAACGAAAGAGCAGCGAUACACGAAAAGUGCAAAUUGGAAUUUGAUUGGCGAGAUUAAAAGCCGAAGUAAGAUUCCAAUUAUAGGGAACGGAGACAUUUUAACGUGGUACGAGGCGAGAGAUAAAAUGGCCUUGUCUGGAGUCGACGGCGCGAUGACUGGGCGCGGCGCGCUCAUAAAACCGUGGAUAUUUAAAGAGUUUUACACAAACACGUCGAUUGAAUUCACCGCGAAAGAAAGGAUAGAGCUCGUGUAUUUCAAAUUGACGACGUUCAUGAAGGAAUAUUUCGGCGCCGAUGCGAUUGGAAAGAAGAGAUUUGAUUUAUUCAUGCCUUGGCACAUUGGUUUCUUCUGCAGAUAUCGCCCUCUCGACGAAGCCGUGUACAGAGAAAAGGCAAAAUUGAACCCUUUGUUACAAACGCGAUUAGAUAUAGCCUUAGAAAACGAAGGGAGGAUUGAAGAUUUAGAACCACUCGAACGUCUUUUACGGUGCGUAUCCGAGGAAGCGCACGCGGACAUCGCAGAGAUUUUAUUCCAAAGCGAAACGAGCGAGGAUGCGAUUGAAAAGUUGACGCGAGUUGCGGAGUCGUCGAAAUUAGCCGAAUACGAGCUGAGCGUUUCUUCUUCCUCCUCCUCCUCGUCGGGAAGAGAGAGUAGCGGAGAUGUGGACGAUAUGCGCGGAUAG